CGGGCGUGUCUAAUUUGUGCCACGCCGCGCAUCACGCAAUCGGGCGCACCAUCAGAUCUGGGACUAGUUAACAAUUUCAAGGUUGUUGAGGAUGAUCAUAAUUUGAAGUAAUUGAGUGACUGAAUCUACUGCAUACAUAAUUGUUGCCGGCUCGCAAAGUACAUGCAUAAUAUAUAAGUGAUUACGUGCUGAAUUUGACUGCAAUAUGUCUCAUAAACCAUACACUCCAAAUUUCCCACAAAGUCAAGAGACUGCAGAGCUUCUAGAAGCGCAAAAGCCAAAUGAAAGUUACGCUAUGACAGUUCAAAGUAGCUACCCUGGGCCUCUUCAACAUGGGCCUGCACCAGGCAUUCAACCUCCUGGCAUUCCUAUGCAAUCUGGUCAUCAACCAGGGUUCCAACCUGGGUACCAGCCUGGAUAUCAGCCGGGGUUCCAACCUGGCUUCUCACCUGGAUACCAACCACAGCCAGGGUAUCCUCCUAUGCAGGGUGGCUAUCAGCCAGGGUAUGUACCAGGAGCUCCAAUAGUACACCAGCCAGGAAUGCAGCCUCAAGGUCCACCAGGUGGCUGGAUGACUAUACCGCAAGGCCUCACCAACUGCCCUCCUGGUUUGGAAUACCUAUCCAUGAUUGAUCAGCUACUGGUACACCAAAAAGUUGAACUUCUGGAAGCAUUUACCGGCUUCGAGACAAAUAAUAAGUACACUGUAAAGAACAGUCUUGGGCAGAAAGUAUACUUUGCAGUUGAAGACAAUGAUUGCUGCACGAGAAAUUGCUGCGGUCCUAUGCGUCCAUUUGAAAUGAAGAUUAUGGACAACUUUCAAAAUGAGGUAAUACAUCUCCACCGUCCUCUAGCGUGUGACUCAUGCCUUUGCCCUUGCUGUCUUCAAAACAUGGAAGUGACAGCACCUCCAGGGACAGUCAUCGGCUCCAUUCAACAGGAAUGGUCCAUCUGCAAACCAUGCUACAGCAUCAAAAACGCUGCUGGUGACGUCAUGUUAAGAAUCAAGGGUCCGGUCUGCACUUUCUCUAUUUGUGGAAAAGAUGUACACUUUAAUGUGAGUAAUGAUUGACUGAUUUGGGCAGGUAACAUCCUUAGAUGCAGUAGUGGUUACACAUGGAGAUAGUCAUUGGUGUUUGAUUAUCGGUGAUCACAAAUACAGUAGUGUUGUAGUAGGGAUAAAUAAGAACUAAUUAGGACUAUGGAUGGUGAGAGCCAGAAUGGCGUGUGUACCUUAACG